AAUCUGCCUGGUUUGUCGCACGCCGGACGUCCGAUCCGGCGCUUCGGCACGGCAAAACACCUCGAUUCCGGCUGCUGUUCCAGCGCGUCGGACGCCGGAUCGGACACCAAAUCGGACCGUGUGUCUCCCGCUAGGCGCUCUUCAGCGACGGCGGCUUCAAGGUCCUUUCAAUGAAUAAGUAGUGACGGAGGCAAAGGAUCUGAAUCUGGAUAUUGGGCAUACCGGACCAUCGCGUUUGAGAACGUUCCUGUCCCUCGCAUCGCUACGAGCCUUGAUACGUUCUACCCACUGCCUACAUUUUGUCAAGUCUUGUCGUGGACCGCGCAAGGAUGCAACCUUCAGCUGGACCUUCCCGCUCACUUCCGUCGACCUCUGCUGAUAAUGGGCAGAGAAAUCACAACCUGCCAACGCAGAGUAACCGUCAAGUGCUCAAGUUUAGUCUGACACACGAACUUUUCCCCGACUUGCGUCAGCCUGCUCCCGCAAACGAGAAUCGUACGCUUGGGCCUUCCAGCAACUCCCAUCAAGUUAGCAACCCCCCGAGAGAUACCUACAUGCACUCGGCGUUUACUUCACUGCGCUGCAAAUUCUGUGGAUCAGAGUGCUCGGAUAAGGGUAGCCUCCUCCGUCAUUUGCGAAGACACAACCGAGUGCUCUCUCGCGAGACUGAUGUCUUGCUGGAGCAAUUGGUAUCCAUUCUGGACGCAAUUGAUGCCGACUUAGAUGACGCGCCGAGGGCAACGUUUUCCGGGCAGAACAGAACAGCGAAUGUAACCUUAGAACAAACGCAAGUUCGUGAACGUCUGGCAACACAGCUCAGUUGCCACGUGCCCGACCAAACGGCACAGCAAACCCACAGAGUAAACCCGUCGAACAAUGUUGGUGUACUUCCAGGUAAACCCAAUGCUCCUGAACAACUCGAUGGCUGCGUAGACAGGGCGGGUCAAACAAGUCAGACACAGGUGCUCCCUCACCGAAGGCAGGUCUCUGCGCGCCGAAACAGUGUAGGCCCUGUGGUGGAAUCUUCUCAGAACCUGACAACUUUCGGGACAACUUUAGAAAGCUGCCGCACUGCACUUGGUAGCGGAUGUGUAAUUCAGCAGCCCGCCCAGCACGCCACAGCGCCCGGUACGACGGUCGAGGACAAUGUUCGCUGCACCUUGCAGCCAAACUGCGCUGGAACUGUGGAAUAUCGUUUGGAAAGCCAAGCUGUGAAAGCGCGCAAGAGAACGUCGCCGCCGGAGCCCAGGGCCGCCCCUGAUUCCGCACGCUGUUCUGAAGGGCUAGUACUGGCUCAAGCUACUUUAAGCCCUACGCAAUACAUACUGUACACUGCGAAUGCACCUGUAGGCGAUUCAGGGAGCGACGUACUUCGUUCGCCAACAGAGGUUGCCCCCAACAACAAAGACGCCACAUCGGGAUUUCACAACAUUGUGAGUACUCAGCACUUAGGCAGUAGCACUACUACUUCGCCGCUGUAUUCUGAAAGGCAGGGUCAGGCUGUUCAAAUAGAAAGCACUACUAUGCACAUCUGUAGUACCGGGCGAUCAGCAUUGGAUGGGUCCUUGGUGAAUCCCCUAAACCUUACUAUAGAAGCCGACGGCGCUUCUAUCACAUCGUCGACCUCCGGGCUUAGUACUUCCCGACCAAAACGCGUAAGAGCAGUAACCUGGAUCCCUCCACAGUAUGACGACGACAACAGACCUUCCUCGAAGGCAUCCGGAAGCACUCCCUGCCACGAAAGCAUAGGCGACGAGGUGACAUCACGGCCGUUACCUACAUCGUGCACUGAAACUAACGCGCAUGGAACCUCGAGCACAGACGAGGUCACACGUGCGGUACGGGAGACAGAUGGCGGGGUCCUGGUCGCCAGCAUCUCCAUUAAUCAUGAGCAGGAAGACCGGCGUACUGCUUGCGACGAGGACACUGCGGACGAUGCGAGUUGGGCGCAGCACUGGGAACAGGAAUUCGAGCAUGUUAGCACAGACGAAAUCACGCUGUCUCCACCACCAUUUGACUUACAUACUCGCGAACGGCAUGCCAUAAAGCAAGAGAAAGAGGAGACCAUCGCCAAGUACGAGGACGUCGCCAAAAAGGGAAGCCUGGAAGAACCAGCCUAUGACAACGCCGAUGCUGCGCUAUCUGCACCGUGUGUCGCGGACCCCACGUGUGGGCGGGGCAUCGUCAAGGACGAGAGUCUGGAACAUCCAUCGGAAGAGCAAUCCCUCGGCAAAGCUGAACUCCCGUUGCCUGCACCAAGCGUCGUGCGCCCCCAAGGCGUGAAGCGCAAGAAAGGUGUGUCCCGGGACAAUGUCGCCAAGGAUUCAAGAACGGAACAGCGAUCGAAACAGUUCCAAGUCGGUUCCGUCGACGAAGCAGAAGUGUCCGCCGCUCCGCCAGGCAUCACAGAGCCCGCCUGCGGGCUAGGUACUUCCCGACCGAAACGCGUAAGAUCAGCGACCUGGAACCCUCCAAGCUAUGGCGACGACAACCCACCUUCCGCGAAGGCGUCCGGAAGCACUGCCCGCUACGAGUCAGCACCGCCAUGCUCGAAGGACGACAAAGGAGUUCCCGCGUCCCCGCGAGGUGCGGCCAAGACCUGGCAAUGCCCGUCGUGCACCAGCGUGCUCUCGAGCAGGUCGAGCCUGUGCCGACACCGCCUGCUGAUGCAUACCAGGCAGAAGCCGCUGAAGUGCCAGCAAUGCACCAAGACGUUUCGCUUGAACGAGACGCUGAGAAACCAUGUUCGCACCGUGCACACGGGCGAGACCUGGCAGUGCCCGUCGUGCUCCAAGGUGCUGUCGUGCAAGUACAGCUUCGACCGACACCUCCUGCUGAUGCACACCGCUCAGAAGCCGCUGAACUGCCCGCACUGCACCAGGACGUUCGGCUUGAAGGAGACGCUGCGGAACCACGUCCGCUCCGCGCACACCGGAGAGCGGCCCUUCGAGUGCCACCUGUGUCCCAGCUCGUUCGCCCAGAAAACGUCCCUCCAUCAGCACUUGGUGUGGCACAGGAACGAACGGCGCUUCGAGUGCAAGCUCUGCCCCAACACGUUCAUCGUAAAGGGGCACCUGAAGCGUCACAUGCGGAGUCACACCAACGAGAGGCCGUUCUUGUGCUCCCUGUGCCCCAAGCAGCUGUCCAGCUCGCACGCCCUCAAGAGGCACCUACUGACGCACACCGGCGAGCGGCCGCAUAAGUGCGAGGUUUGCGGCAAGACGUUUCGACGGCUGUCCACUCUUCAGGCCCACGUUGUCAGGUUUCACCCGACUGAGAUUAGCCUCGACUGAAUGAGCGGGGGUGCCUUCCACGCAUCUUGAUUGCUGAAUCAUCAGCUGUGCAUUUUUGUCACGCGUCUGGUUUUGGGGCUCCACACAUUGCUCCCUCAUGUGCCUGAGAUUGAUGUCGGUUGUUUUUAUCAAAGCCGCGAAAGAAAGAUUACCGACGCCCUGCCUAGUUAAAGUAAUAAAGAAAGAAAACUG